CUGAAGCACUGUUCUCCAGGGACUGACUGCCAGUGUUGAGUGAGAAGAGGAUAACAUGGGACGGAGACACUGGGUCAGGACCACCAAAUGCCAGCUGCUAGUGACCAGCCUCUUUGUCAUGCUGCUGGGGCUGGCAGUCACCAUACUGACCAUUAUCACCCGCUAUGGGGCUCACUUCAGCAUAAUUAGUGGUGUCUCCUCUGAGGCUAACCCCUAUAGAAUCUUCCACAACGUAGCGUUCUACAGCGGGAUAUGUCUGAGCAUGAUUCUGGUCCUCGCAGCCCUGCUGAGUACUGUUGCCACGGUGAGAGAAUCGGUGUGCCUCAUGGCAAUGGUAAGUGUUUGCUUAGAGGGGCAUGGGUGGGCAGGGAACAGCUUUUCCAAAUUGGGUGAUAACACCAUGAUGUGGAGAUACAGGGAAGAGGCUUUGUCUGUAUCCAGCUUGCUCCUCGCACUUGGCUUAUCGACCAUUAAAUGUGAUAUUUGUAGUGUUGAUUAGUUGUUUUGCCUUGUGCCCUAGAACACACAUCAUGCACACAGUGGGUUGCCUGCUGCUUUUCAAGGCAUGGCUGUGCCUAACCUCUCAAAGUGAUUCCAGGUGAUGAUUUUAUCCAUAUGUGACCUGAUUUUUCGAGGUGCUAUGUAUAUAUGCCUCUGAUUGGGGUCAAGGGGAGGUGCUUAUCUGCCAAGAUGAUGACAAUUAUUUUUGGUUUACUUUUGUAAUGCCAACAUUCUUCUGUAGGGUGUCCUUAAUGAAGCAUUUCUUUGUUUUUUCUGAUAUUUGGGUCAGAUUUUGAAGUCCCGUGUUCUGCCCUGCAACAGCAGUCUUAAUUCCAAUUUAAUGAAGUGUUUUGUAAACGUCAUGAUGAUUGUGAGCUUAGAACAUUUGGUGGCACCAGCCCAGUUUUGACUGCAUUACCAGUUUUAGCAUGCUGUCGAGGCUAGCUUUCUACCUAACUCAUACUUUUAAGGAAAACUAAUUGGAGUUCAUCAGCUGGUAUAUGCAUGAAAUGGAUAUUUUCUCCUCAAAAUGUGUCAACCACAUAGUCAUAUCAUUUGGGGCAUUCCUGCCAACCUCCUCUAGCAAAACAACCCCCAUCAGGCAACACAUUUAAACCAUCUGUUUUGCUUCGUUUGGGAUUCCCAGGGCAUCUACUGUCUGCCUUUCAUCUUUCAGGCAUUAAGCUCUUCAAGGCAUUCAUCUUCUGUCUUGUAAAGCACCAAGCAUAUUAACAAAUAACACUUCCGCACAAGGAGAAGGGAGACGAGAAGGCAGUUUUUGCCCUGGUGAUGAAAGCUGUAUGCAUUUCAGCAGCAGAUUCUUAGACCCUCCCUUGUUGUUUGUUUUAAACCUCACGCAUGGAGUUGCCUUGGCAUCAGACAGUCCUGGAGGCAAGAGCGGGGUGUGUGCAUCUAGGAUGGGGGAGAGGAAAGCAGUGGAAUAAGUGCCUAGUAAUGUACAGGGGUGGGUGG